AAAGUAGAUGAUAUUUUGUGGUUAUGUUAUUAUAACUCAUUUGAAUUUCCAAAACUAAAACGAUGUUAUUACGAAGUAUAAACCGCAUAAUACAACUAACCAGAAACCAAACACCCGUUGUUUCUGCUAGAAAUCUACUAACUAAUGACUAUUCAACGAGCCCCAAUGAAUCGGACGUCACGGUGGACCCCGCGAAGAAAAACGUCAGUAAAGCGAUGAGGGCGUAUUUAGAAAGAGCUAGGGAACACGACGAGUUCAUGGAAAAACAGAGGAAAGAAUUUAAAUUGGGUAAAAGGCAUUUGGCUAAUAUGAUGGGAGAAGAUCCGGAACACUUCACUCAGGAGGACAUCGAUAACGCUAUAGAGUAUUUAUUCCCAUCGGGAUUGUUCGAAAAGAAAGCCAGGCCUAUCAUGAAGCCCCCUGAGGAAAUCUUUCCACAACGGAAGGCAGCAGAAUUCGACGAAACAGGUAGACCGUUUCAUUUCUUAUUUUAUACUGGUAGAGCCAACUACUACGAGGUGCUGCACAGCAUAUGCCAACAUAUUAUAGACCUGAACAGAUUCGAAGAUGGCAUGAUUAAGAAAAACUUACGACCCGACUCGAACCUAACUUUAGAUAUGUCAGGUAACCAAUGGUUAGAUAAAGAAGCCUUGGAAACGAAACUUGUCGAAAGCGUCGGAGACAAAGAUUACGAAUAUUUGAUUAACUCAUUAGAAAGAUUGGUUGCACAUCCUUACUCGUACAAGAUCAAAGACUUCAUCUUAGACUUCUCGAAACCGCUUAUUAAUCAAGUAAAAACGUUGGAUAUACCCAAACCCCACAUAGAUUCCGACGGAAGGCAAUACGUUACAACAUACGAGUGCUUAAGGAAGAGAGCUCGAGGAGACGUGACCAUUCGAAUGCCUGGUACCGGUAAAAUCUCAAUAAACAACCAAGACAUAACGUAUUUCGAAGAUGUCCAAUCAAGGGAACAGCUUCUUUUUCCUCUGAUAUUCACGGAUAUGCUCAACAAAGUAGACGUUGAGUGCAACGUUGCCGGAGGAGGUUACUCCGGACAGGCCGGAGCGCUGAGAUGGGGCAUCGCCUCUGGAUUGAGGUCCUUCGUAGAGCCGGAUAUGAUAGAAAAGAUGCGAAUAGCGGGUUUGCUGAGCAGGGAUUACCGUACCAGAGAAAGGAAGAAGCCAGGACAAUGGGGCGCUCGAAGAAAGUUCACAUGGAAAAAGCGGUGCUUAGGACUUACCGCAAUUAGGGCUCGGACGCAAUGUGCAAUUCGCAUAGUAGCCAGUGGCGGCGUCGGUGGGCCGUCGAGGGGCAAGGGCGACACCGACCCUUUCGCCUCGUUCCACUCGUUCGAUUGCGCUAGUGCGAGCGCGAGAGACUAUUCUUCGGUUUCUUCGAUUCGGAUUGUUGACGGUGAUCGCGACCGCGACGGUUCGAGAACAUUUCGCUACGGACUUUGGACAACACAUUGGUCUCUGGCACUGGAAACUCGUUUCGACAUCAACCG